GGAGGCGGAAGUGUCUAGGUGCAGCAGCGGAGCAGAGGCCCAGCGGACGGUGGCCCGGCAGCUCCUGCUAAGCGUGAGGAUGCAGAUCCUGGUGAAGAAGCUGCUCGGCCUGCUGGGAUUGUUCGGCCUCAUGCUGGCCGGCAUCCUGGUCCCAGUGCGCCUCCUGCUGGUCGACCAGGACAAGGCGCAGCGCUACAGGAGAGCUCUGUCUCUCUGCAACUCGUUCGGAGGGGGCGUGUUCCUCGCCACGUGCUUCAACGCUCUGCUGCCGACCGUCAGAGACAAGGUGGGAGAUGUCUUCCAGCAGCUGCAGAUCAGCAGUCGUUACCCUGUGGCGGAGACGAUGAUGAUGAUGGGCUUCUUCCUCACGGUCUUCGUGGAACAGGCCGUCCUCACCUUCAAGAAGGACAAACCGUCCUUCAUCGACCUGAAGACCUUCAACGCCGGCGGCUCGGAGGCCGGCAGCGACUCGGAGUACGACACGCCCUUCCUGUCCUCGGAGGGGGGCUCGCCGGACGCCCACCGCUCUCAUGGUCACCGCCACGGACACUUCGCCCCGGGGGAGCUGGCGGGGGCGCGGCCUCUGCGGCUGGUGAGCCUGGUCCUGGCUCUGUCGGCCCACUCGGUGUUCGAGGGCCUGGCGCUCGGCCUGCAGGACGACGGCGCCAAGCUGGACAGCCUCUUCCUGGGCGUGGCCGUGCACGAGACGCUGGCCGCCGUCGCCCUGGGCGUCAGCAUGGCCAAGGCGUCGCAGGGCGUGAAGGACGCCGCCAAGCUGGGGGUCGCCGUCAGCCUGAUGAUCCCGCUGGGCAUGCUGGUGGGGAUGGGCAUCGAGUCGGCUCAGACGCUGGCGGGCAGCGUGGCGUCCGUGGUGCUGCAGGGACUCGCCGCCGGCACCUUCCUGUUCGUCACCUUCUUGGAGAUCCUGUCCCGAGAGCUGGAGGACAAACGGGACCGGCUCCUCAAGGUGCUCUUCCUCAUCCUCGGGUACGCUGCGCUCGCCGCUCUCGUCUUCAUCACGUGGUGACGGACAGGAAGUCAUCACGUGGUGACGGACAGGAAGUCAGAGACUCAGACCACGAUACCAAAGGAAACUCUGUAGUUCAGACGCCUCCUGGUGGCAGGUUUGUGUAAAUUCAAGAGAAUCCGGUGUGAGAACAACAAGAGAGUUUGUGGAGAUC